AUUCGGACUACUUGUAACAAUUUCUGUACUGCAAGUAUUUUGAUCUUCUGUUAUACCACGAUUCUAGUGCUCAAAGCAGAAUGGAUUUGCACCAGAGCUUCUGAAUAUUGCAUGUGAUGCUUCGAUCGCUGAGCCCGUUAGACAGGCGGCCGUCAUUUACCUCAAAAACACUAUUGUACGCUUCUGGGAGGGCGAUGGAUCAGUCGAAAAGUCGAAGAAACCUGAUUUUUGCUUGAGCGAUAAAGACAGAGCUCUAGUUCGAGAACGCAUAAUUGAUGCUGUUUGUGCUGCUGGCGAGUCAGUCAGAACCCAGUUAUGUAUUGCGAUCCAGCAAAUCAUCCGCAUGGAUUUCCCAACGAAGUGGCCUCAGUUUGUGUCGCAGUUGAAGGCAAAGUUGGCUAAUCCUCCAGAUGCGUCAGUGCUGUCAGCUGGUCUUUUGAUCUUUUAUCGGCUUGGGAAAGUCUACGAGUACAAGAGCAACAAAGAGAGAGAUGAUAUAGCUAAACCUGUGUCCACGCUCGAACCAUUAGUGUAUUAUCACUGUCAUCAGUUGCUCCAUAACCAAUCCGCCGAGUCCGUCCUCAUCCAAAUCCAGGGAUUGAAAAUAUUUUACGUCUUGAUUAUGGUGUGA